AUGGGCCCGCCGCAGGGCGAGGUGGACCAGAUGUACCCCGCGCUGCCGCCCUACUCCUCCUGCAGUGACCUCUACCCGGAGCCUGUCUCCUUCCACGACCCCCAGAGCAACCCCGGCCUCACCUACUCCCCCCAGGAUUACCAGGCAGCCAAGCCCGCCUUGGACAGCAACCUCUUCCCCAUGAUCCCAGACUAUAACCUCUACCACCACCCCAACGACAUGGGCACCAUCACGGAGCACAAACCCUUCCAGAGCUUGGACCCCAUCCGCGUCAACCCGCCCCCCAUCACCCCGCUGGAGACCAUCAAGGCCUUCAAGGACAAGCAGAUCCACCCGGGUUUCGGGGGGCUGCCGCAGCCGCCGCUCACC